AUGGCCUUGGAUUACCCCGUUUCAGUAUUUGUCGGAAUAGAUAUCGCUCCUUUAUUCCCCGAAGAUUAUCCGCCCAAUGUGCAUUGGAAAGAGAAAGUGGUAAAAGAAUUAAUAAGAGUAACUAAGCCUGGAGGUUAUAUCGAAAUUAUGGAUAUACAACGUAAAGAUAUAAAUCCGGGAAUAAUAUGCCAAAAGAUUGACGUUGGUAGUAAUGUUGGACAUCUUCGUAAGGCCGGAAUCAACACAACAUCCGGUCUAGAUGUAAUAGAAGCAUUUAACGAAUUUAAAAUAAAGUGA